UACCUAACAGAGGAUUCGUGCUUUUAUAAUCAUAAUGAGACGCCUCGCAAUAAACGUCCAGACAAAUAUAGUUACCAUGAUUACUACAAUCAUUAUUGUUGGAGAAAAGAAGUGGCUAAGAAAGACAUCGAUGACCAAUGCCCAUGGGAUUUUAGGGGGAGAUGCAAGAAAUGCCAAAAUUAUAGAAAAACUCCUAACAGGAGUAUUCAUCGGCCGUUUCAAUCACUUAAGAGCCGUAUUUGGCUUGGGAAGAACCACAAGCGAGGAUGGAGCCGAGUGUGGAAGAAGACCAUUGAGCGAUGGGCCUACCGGUCCAAAUCCACCUCGAGGUUUCGCAAACGUAACAAGGAUAAAUAACUUGCGUAAAUCCAUGAUUUGGGACAACGCGAUUGUGCAAACAACGAUACUCGUCUUUCGAGAAACAGAUUCUUCAACGACAUCGUCAAAACGUAAGAAGUCACAAAUAAAGCACGUUAACAUCGGCCCUUCCAUGUUUCCAUUUCUCUACUACCCAUCAACAGUUUUGGCUGCAAGAUCUUUAUCUAAGCAACCGUCGCACCACAACACUCGAGGUGCCCGAAAUAGCAGUGAAAAUAAAUUAAAAGAUCAGAAAAAUAUGAAAAGCCCACGAAACUCAACAUUGUGGAAUAAAUCAAUUGAAGAAACUCGUCGUGGUAUAAGCAGAUCAACAAGCCACAUUGCGGUACCCAAUUACGUUAUAGAAAAUGGAACAGAGAAUGUUACGACUGAUAUGGAAAAUAAGGUUACAAGCACCAUGAUCAACUUCAGCCAUAUCAAAUUGGCGAAAACUGUGUCCCAGGACGCGUGCACGCAGGUGUUCAUUACUUGCAAUAAUGCUGUUUCCGGUUCUACUAUGAUCUCAAAGGAUAAUGACGAUGACUUCUACUACGGAAUUGACCGAGGAACGGAAGUGAUCCCGCCUCUUAACAAAUCGCAGCGCUCGAUAUCCAUCAUGACGUCUAAGGGGAUCAUCCAAGAACUGACUGAUAAAGAUACUCAAGUUUUUACAGUACCAUCAAUAAGAAAAAUAUCAAUGAGUGUCUUGGUGCAAGAGCAUUAUAAGGAUGCAAAAUCAAGCGUGGUCACUGAUACGACGGUUCCAUGCAGAAAAUUUGAAAACAUUAUGGUCACAUCGAAAGGGACUAUUCUAUCUUGUACAGGUACUAAAGUUACAUCGGUGUCAUCUGCACAAAUACAAGCAGCAUCAGAAACUUCGAGAAUAUCGAGGGGCAACACAGUUAAUACAGGUACAGUGGGAUUGAUUAAAAGUGAAAAGUCAACGUCAUGCGCUCUGAAAACCUUUGCAGAUACUGCUACGAAUACUUGUAUAUUGACCUUGCAAAAUACGGACUGCUUGACAUCUCCAUCGCUCUAUCGAAACCAUCGUGAGGAUAUAUGUUUGGGUACUGAAGCAAUGCAAUCGGUUACAAGUGAAAAGUCAACGUCCUGCGCUCUCAAAACUUUUGCAGAUGCUGGUAAUUCCGCUUCUGAUUUAGUUGAUCGUGCCUCGUACAAUAAUGGUUCCCAUCAUACACUGAUCAGUUUCGUCACAGGUAUCCACCCGGUAUGUACGUCAGCCUGCAUGAACACAGAUUUAGAACUUAAUGACAAGUCAACUAAGACUGGAUUAUCAUUCGACAAACGUUUUGAGAAGGCUAAUAAAUCCACACGCGACGUUUAUGCUCAAUACAGUGGGCCUUUUAACAGGAGUAGUAAUGAUACUUGGGACCAAAGUAACUCCCGAUGCCUGGCUAACAUAGGGCGCAGUCGGCUCAUGGCGGUGCGCACGCUCAUCAAUUCCGUAACCGAAAUGGCCACGCAGGUUGAGCCGGUCUUUCACUGUGCAGAGACGAACACAACGUUUAAACCAAAGAAAUCUACAUCCGUUUUGACUUCUCGCUACUCCAUAGACCGAUCGAAUUCGACAUUACAGGCACAUCCUCUACGGUCGAAUUCAAAAGUACACCCGGAAGAGGGUGUUCUGACGUGCCAUUGUACGAAAAAUGAGUGCGUUUGCAAAAGGAUUGACGUCGAUGAAAGGAAUUUUCAAGUGCUUUCACCUGUUCCCAGUGAUGUCGCAUGUAAAACAGUUUUGAGCCUAACAACUCAGACUGAGCCGAAAGUAAGUCCAGCCGAUUCUAACACCGAGCCCAACGCUGUUAUAUCAAGCAAAUUGAAUGCUACUAAAUGGAUGAAAGGAUACAUUAAGGAAUCUGUGAAAGAUGUCGAAUCAAUAAUCAGCAUCAGUGAGACGAUGGUUGCCGAGUCGCUGGACCGUGCGUCCUUGGUCAUCGCGCUUUCGCAGGACAGGAAGAGUAUUAGCGAAAUGAAAAAGCUGUCAAAAGUUCUAAUAAAUCACCAGCCUGCCAUUAGUUGCGUAACCGCGUCAGGAUACAACCCAAGUUCAUCGGGUAGCGUCACAAAAUUGCUGCCAAUUAAAGACAAAACCAUUACACAAGAAGAACAAACACAUAUGAAUAAACAAAAUGAAACUGAUGUAAUGAUUUUCAAUCAAAUGAAGUCAGAUGAGAAUACAACAAAUGAUAUAAAACAACACAUGUCUCAACUGCAUCCGAAUUUAUGUGAUACAGUAAGUAACGGUACUGGAUACCACGCAACUCCAUCGGCAAGCAUCAAUAAAGUGCUCCCAACUAAGGACAAAAGCAUUAUAGAAGAACAAAAUUUACCUAUCAAGACACAAAAUCGUAAUGACUUAGUGAUGGUCAAUCAAAUGACUUCAGAUGAAAAUACAACAAAACAUAUAAAAGAGCCAAUACCACAACUGCGUCCAAACUUACGUGAUACAGGAACAGACUGCGAUGUGAAGACGUCAAAACAGCAAUCAGCCAGUGUUUUGACGUCCAGGCAUAUCCUAGCCAGUCCUCCCCGUUGCUCGAAUACACGUGAUGAUAUAAGUGGAGAUUGCAUAUUUGUGUACGACCGUCCGCGAUGCGUGGUGCACAGCUUUUUCACUGACGCCAAAGCGCAGACAGACGUCCACCAUCGCAAUUCUGAUAUUACAUGCAAAAAGCCAGGCAGUAUAUCGAACCGCUCGAUUGGACUGGCGACUUCGUUUGCCCAUCAUUUGCCUUGCUCCCGCCAGAAAAGUUACAUUGGUGGAGAUGUUUUAUCGCCUCAAGUUUAUAAAGCUCUGUACGAAACAACUAAACUAAUAGCAAAAAAUGGUUCAGCAACUACAACUCCAAAAAUAAGUGCUGUCCAAGCAACGACCAAGAAAACAGAUAAUGAAGAUGCUAUACGAGACCCUCGCACGCAAAGCAAUGGUGUGUCGCCUAUGCCUGCGUGCUUACUAUCUGCGCCCGCGCAUUGCUGUUGCGCACGAUGCUUAAACGCAGGGAAUAUCACCAGUAGAUCCAUUCAAACAUUGAAAAAACCUCUUUUGUGCUGCCCACAUUGUAACGCCCGAAUAUCAAGAUCUUAUUACGGCAAUAGCGAAAGUAUGAAAAAUAUAUCAAUUCAAGCGGUGGCUGACUCCUUCUUGGACUGUCCGCAAUGCAGCGCUAAAAUAGCUUUGUUAUCGAAUGACAGUCAUCACGAGUCCACCGAAAAAUGCAUGGAGUCCUACUUAGUUGCAUCUUGUCGAUACUACAGUAAUUUGCUCACAAUAAAACUAGGACAAGUAAAAGAAAAUUUCAUAAAGCACUUAGCGCUACCUAUCGAAGACGCCUCGCACCAUGCAACCGUUACUUUUCCGGACAAUAUUUCCCACUGCACUGUCUCAAAUAAUAACAUCAUCUUGACCGAAGCAUGCACUAUGAAACCGAGCGGCAAGCAAGACGAGAACUGCGAGGCGAAAUUCCUAAAACAAAAAUUUAACCAACACUCUUGUAUAUUGUUUCCAGCUUUGAGUCUCACUGAUGUGAGGGGAAACGAUAAGAACGAUUUGAAAAAUGUUUAUUGUAUUCUAACCGCCAUUGAAGGUAGGGUUCGUAGGUUGAGGAACAACUUGACGUAUUAGUACAACGUGAUUCUAAGAGAUGGCGCUGUUAUCUAAAAUAUUUCAAUUAAACUUCAUUGCAGUUUUUAAUUAUAUGUAAUUUUUAAUUAUAUGUAAUUUCUUCAUACAAAGUAUUUCCCAUACUUGAAUGUUUUUAACAAAAAGCGCUUCAGAGAUAUUUGCAGAUUGUAAUGCCCUCGCCUAAAAAACAGAACUUUCAUACAAUAUCCCGAUUCACUGAGACAACUUGAAGACGUAGUUAAUAGUACGAAGUUAUUCUUACAGAUGGCGUUGUUACCUAAUUCGUACAACUUUUGACUUGUCAAUUUUAGAUUUAAAGAAUUCUGUGCAACCGAGUCAUCAACUUCAGUUCUCUAUGCGCAUUUAGGUGGCUGCUUUUGGCGACACAUCUUGAGUCACACAUAAUCAUCUGUUAUCACAUGCUUUAGCUUAGAUAGCUUACAUUGUAUUCAACACAUAUCCGGCCCACUACAGAGCGCGGGUGUCCCUUCAGAAUGAUGAGGGUUCAAAUCGUAGACCACCAGCUGGCAAAGUGCGGAUUUGUAGACUUCACUUGCCCCCUUUCUCAGGUUUCUUCACGAUGCUAUUGUGAAGCAAGGGAUUGAUCAGCAUUAUACAAAUAUAAAUUUUGUUUUAAAAUGUAUAUGUGAGACUUUUUGUCCAGUUUAUAUAAACUUGUGUAUUAGAAGGUUCUAAAAUGUGGCAAAUGAAUAAAAUUAACUUUCAUAA